AUUUUCUCAACGUUAUAUAUGACCCUUCUUCAUGCUGUAAAUCUAAGUACGAAAAAUAGUAAGGGUUUCAUAAAAGACUUAAAACCUCGUUCCAUAGCUCUUCCAUAUUACCAAUACACAGAAUUUUCAACUUAACGAAGAUGCGACCUUGCAUUUAUAAAGUACCAAGCCAAAUGCGUGAAGGGAAACCCGAUGCCUAUACACCUCGGAUUGUCCUCAUCGGCCUGCUUCAUCGUUCUCUCAAACCAAAACUGAAACCUUCUGAGGACAAAAAAAACAAGAAAAAGCUUUCUGACGACGUUAAUAAAAAAAAAAAAAAAAAAGAAGAAUCUUCUGAUGACGACGAUGCUGAAACGAGUAACAGAACAGGGCAUCUGAAAAAAAAGACAAGAAAAUUAUAUGAGGGGAUGGAGGACAUAAAGAAGGCGUACUUAGCACAUUUCACCGACGAAGUCGGGGAAGAUGUUGUUAAGAAAAUAAGGGGAACCAUAAUAGCGGAAGAAGAAAAUAUUCGAGGAAGCUAUGCGGUAAAAUUUGAAGAGAUGACAUCUGAAUUUUUUGGGCAACUUAUUCUUCUGGAUUCAGUUUUCGUCAUGGAGUUUAUCAGGAGACUUCAAGGACGCCGUACUGGAACUUCAGAUAACAUGAUUAUGGCCCUUAGUCAAGCUGAAACAGUGAUAGGAGAUCUCUUCUUGCUCGAGAACCAACUUCCCUAUUUCAUUUUCGAUAAAUUGUUUGGUGUAUAUUAUGAGACGCUGCGCCACCUGGGCCAACAACUCCUUAAGUUAUUUUCCCCGCACAUAAAGACCAGAUCAAAUACAAGCUUCGAUCAUUUCACAGACAUGUUCCGGUGUGUUUAUGUGCAAUCGCUUGACCGAUCUCCAAAGCUAAACGACUUGAGUGGAGCAGCUAUCAGGGAUAUGAACAACGCUGUUAAUCUAUCCCUUGCAGGAGUGGAAUUCAAGGCAGCCAUUCCCUUGAACUCUCCAACAGAAGACCGAAUCCACCGCCAGUCUUCCCGGAAUCAAGAGCUGUUGGAUUCGCUUCCCAUCUCUGUAAAAAUUAAUGAAGUUGAUGAAUAUUCUCUGCAUAUGGAGUUUGAGAAAGGUUGCUUAGUGAUGUCAAGUUUCCGUGUGGAUGUUGCUUCUGAUAAGAUUCUAAGAAAUGUCGUUGCAUAUGAGCAGUGCCAUGGGCUUACACCUUUUACUUCUAACUACAUACGUUUCAUGAACUUCCUGAUUACUAGCGACGGAGACGUUGAUAUACUCAAGAAAGCAGGGGUGCUAACACAAUGUAUGGGUCGGGCGAGCUUGACACUGGAGAUGGUGAACAAGUUAACGGUUGGCCUGACUGAAUCGACUACCUCCCAAUAUCACAGCAUAGCCGUGAGUCUCCAAGCUCACUAUCAGUCUCGUGCAAAGAGGUAUUGGGCCACUCUCAAGAAAGUCUACUUUACCGACUUGUGGACCGGCACAGCUACAAUAGUCGCCAUACUAAUCCUGGUUAUGACUUUUGUUGGAACGGUGGCUUCUGUAAUCCAAACCUACAUAAGCUUGUAUCCUCUACAGCCAUAUGCUAAUUCAAUUAUCAUCUAAAACUUCUUUUCUUUCUUUUCAUGUACUUUGGUGUGAUUGAUUUGUUUGAACCUGUUAAAGACGAUUGUGUUUGCUUUCAUGAUUGGUUUGUUUGUAU